AUAAUGAUAUGUGGACAAGAAUGAGAGAUUUAAUUAAAGAUUUAGAAAUUGAUGCAAUUGGUCUCUUGAAAUCAGAUAUUGGUCGUAUUAUAAUGGGAAAUCGAGAUUUUACUCAAUUUUUGACAGGAGAUCUAAAGAUGUAUUCUGAUUAUGGACCAAGAACUUCAAAACAUGCAAUGCUUUCCAAACUUCCCAUCAUUAAUUCAGCUCAUCAUCUGCUUCCAUCUCCCGUAGGUGAACUUGCAUGUGCAAAUCAUGCCACUCUGGAUGCUUAUGGAAAAGAAGUGGAUGCCAUAGUUAGUCACAAUGGUCAAGAAGAAUAUGUGGAAGAUCGUAGAUUACAAACAACCGGAUUGGCUAAAAUCAUGAAAUCAAAUAAUAAUCUUAUAAUCUUCUUAGGGGUAACAAAACCACAAGAAGGAAAUUAUUUUACAUUAAUGGAUGAUGGGAAU